UUUUCAGGUCCCUAAAUUGAACAAAAUUAAUUAAAACGUAAUAAAAAAAAUGCAAACACUGAAACUUUGUGACGCAAAAUUGAAAAACAAAUAAUUUUCGAUAAAGUGAAUGAAAUGUAUAGAAACUGCAUGUAUUUGCAACAACACGAAAAUUUUUUACAAUCAACACGAAAGUGCUUCAUCCGGUUUCUCUAUUUUAUCAAGACAUCUUAAUAGAAAAAAAAUAAUUCUGAUGUUUUUUAUCUUUCUUAUUUUUAAUAGAAUUUAAGUUACUUUCAAAAUGGCAACAUCGAAAGUGAUGAAAUUCUUAUCCGAGCAAAAGCUUGUUGUCAUGAUUAUCAGUGGGGCAGCCUUAGGAUUUCUUAUCGGCAUUUUGAUCAACGAGCCAAUCCAAAAGCUCGAACAGCCCGAUCGAUACACAGCUAUUACAAUUAUUGGAUUUCCAGGCGAGCUACUUAUUCGAAUGUUAAAAUUGUUAAUUCUACCCUUGAUUACAUGCAGUUUGAUUGUUGGAUUAGCCAAUCUUGACAGUAGAGUUUCUGGUAAAAUUGGAGGAAGGGCUAUAGUGUAUUACCUAUCAACAACUUGCAUGGCAGCUAUACUUGGUUUGGUUCUUGUCUCAGCUAUCAAACCUGGAGAAUCAAUGGCUCGUCCAACAACACAACCUAAUCAACAGUUAGUUCGACUAUCAGAUUCAUUUCUAGAUAUCGCAAGAAAUAUGAUCCCCUCAAAUAUUUUGAAAGCAUGUAUUCAGCAGGACAAAACAGAAAUUAAGGAGGUCAAGACAAACAUUCGAUAUGUAACCCAACCUGUCAAUACCACAGGUCUGACAUCCUUACAAAUUGAUAUAAUGUUGCUGGAAAAUAAAUUAAACAAAACAAUCAACAAAACUGGAGAUGUUGUUUACACAAAAUCAGUUGAGAAAUUUGACACGUAUAAAAUUGGGGUCGGAUUACAGCCAAAAGGUAACGCCAAUUUUCUUGGUGUGAUUGUGUUUGCUAUUGCGGUUGGUAUUGUGGCUGGUCGAAUGGGAAGUGAAGCCGAAGUGUUUGUGAAGUUUCUCAGCAUUUUUAACAAUAUUGUUACACAGCUGGUCAUGUUAGCAAUGUGGUACUCACCUAUUGGUAUUAUGAGUCUUAUUAUUGCAAGAUUUGCUGAAAUGGAAGAUGUUGCAAAAACCUUCGAAAGUCUUGGCUUGUUUAUUGUCACAGUCGUUGUUGGUAUCGCGAUCCAUGGAUUGAUUUUAUUACCGUUGCUAUUCUUCGCAAUCACAAGAUCAAAUCCUUAUGUUUAUCUCAAAGGUGUUACAGCUGCAAUGGCAACCGCCUUUGGUACUGACUCCAGCGCUGCGACUCUGCCCGUUACAAUAAUGUGUUUGGAAGAUAACUUACAUUUGGAUAAAAGAAUCACUCGUUUCAUCUUACCUGUUGGUACAACAAUAAACAUGGAUGGAACAGCUUUGUAUGAAGCAGUCAGUGCUAUAUUCAUUGCUCAAGCAGUCGGUCGAUCUUUGAGCGCCGGUGAUUAUAUAGUCAUCAGUUUUACGUCAAUUCUUGCAUCAGUUGGUGCUGCAGCUAUUCCACACGCUGGUUUGGUUACCAUGUUGAUUGUUUUGGAUACUGUUGGGUUGCCUAGUGACAUGGUGGCUGUUAUAUUCUCUGUUGAUUGGUUUCUCGAUCGAUUGCGAACAACGAUCAACGUACUUGGUGAUGCUUUUGGCACAGGUAUUGUACAACAUUUAUCAAAAGCUGAUCUAGCUUCUGAUGAUGAAAAAAUAAAGAAUAGAGAAAAGCAUCAUCUAAAGAAGGAAGAUUCAAACGAACACAUUGUGAACAAUCCAGGUGCAACCGAUUCACUUGGUUACGUAAACGGCGAAUGUAUUUCUAAUAACUCGCCAAGUGUUGAAUGUAAAACCACUCGAAUGUAAUCGCAGCAUAUUCGCGUUACGUUUUUUUUGAACAAAUCGGUCUCAGUGAGUGUCACCUUAGCUGUUAAGUGGAACGUUUGAGAAAAAAGAUAAAUUAAUAUGGCGACAAAAACUGUAAAAUUUAAGUUAUAUGUUGUAAAAGAUGACAUAUAUACCGUA